AUGGCUGAGCAAUGCCGACACCGAAGUCGUUCUUCUUGCUCCUGUCAACGCUCACAAAUCCCUAUCAACUACUCACAGCGUAACUUCAGUAACGGUGAGUAA